GGCUCCAUAAGACAGGCAGACAUGAAAUGAAGGUCUGCGUUCGUGGCUAUCAGUGGGGCCAUCACUGCUACACUACUUCUACACCAAUACAGUAGUGAGUUCUUUUUGAAUCACUGGGUGGACCUUAUUCCACCGCACUACGUGGCAUCUGGGAUACUUUUAACAACGAGACUUUCUCUGAUCGCUGUGGGCAUGCAAUCGUUCAUCGUGACACCGUUGCAGUAGCAUCAUCCCUACCAUGACCAUCUCUGAAACAUCAGCUAUCCCUCACGGAUCAUGGGUCCUGGUUACUGGGGCCAAUAGCUUGGUCGGAUCCAAUGUGGCCGAUCGGCUGCUUAGUCGCGGGUAUCGUGUCAGGGGAACCGUGCGGAAUGCGCAGAGGCAUCAAUGGCUCGGAGAUCUUUUCCGUGACAAGUAUGGGAAAGACAGCUUUGAGCUGGUCCAAGUCCAAGAAAUACAGCGUCCGGGUGCUUUUGACGAAGCUAUGAAAGGUGUCUCGGGAGUAGCACAUGUAGUGACCAUUUUUGCCGGUCCAAACGAUGGUCCGGGAGAAGUGUUCGAAUCCAUCAAACAGCUGGAUCACAAUAUCCUUGCCUCUGCGGCAGCUGAGCCCAGCGUCAAGCGCUUUGUCUAUACCUCCUCCUGCCAAGCGGCUAAUACAAUGGGCUUAGAUGAUCUGGACGGCAAGACAGUCAUCACCUCCGAGACUUGGAACGAAACUGCCAUUCAGCGAGCCAAAACUGGGUCUCCUGCCGAAUGGAGAAGAGGGUUUGAUAUUUACAGCGCAAGCAAAGCCAUAGGAGAGCAAGGGAUCUGGGAAUGGGUGAGAGAGCACAAGCCCGGGUUCGUGGCAAAUACCGUUCUACCCUCGUUGUGCUAUGGUGCCUCUCUCGACCCACAAAAUCAAGGGUUUCCUUCCACACUAUUAUGGCCAGCAGCCAUAAUCAGAAAUGAUUGGGCCUCAGUUUCCGAACACGUGAAGGCCCAUCUCCCACUUGGAGGGUACUGCGUGGGCAUUGAAGACGCCGCACUUCUGCAUGUCGCGGCUUUGACCAAUCCCACUGUCCAAAACGAACGCCUUCUUGCGUACGGCUGGCCGUUUUCCUGGAACGAUCUAGCUACCAUCUAUCGGACUAUAUUCCCGAACCGCGAGCUGCCAACAGAUCUUCCUGCCCCCGAUAAGGAUGCCAAUUUGUUGGAUGUUCAACCUUCGAAGCGGUCUGAAGAUUUACUAAAGGAGAUGGGCAAGCCCGGAUGGAGUAGCCUCAAGGAAAUUGUUGUGGCCAAUGCAUAUGGUCUGGUUUGAGGGUUACUUCUUGGCGGGGGUCAUUCGUCGAACUGUGAAGCUCCACCCUUGUACUCACACUCAAGUACACAUUUAGUGUGUCAUUGAGCCUAUUUGUACCCAUGGGAAAGCAACUAUAUUGAAAAAUGGGCAGAAUUAGGUUGCUCAGAUCAAGAGCACAAUUAA